UCUACCGUAUUUUACAAUUGUAAAAAUAAGGGUAAUGAUACAUGGCAUUUAAUGUUCAACUACGUAAUCUGAUACUGAUUGGUGGAUCAUGGAUUUUUAAAAAGCGCUAGGUAUGCACCUUGUUUCUCGAGCCACAAUUUUAACAUAAGUUGAUGUCAAAAAAUGAAGGUUUACUUUGAGUUUAUUUUAAUAUUUUUAAUAAUUGAAAUUAAAACGCAUGCAUUCAUCACGGGCGAUUCGGAAAAUAUACAAAACUUGCCGACACCUCUAUCGAGCGCUGAUAAUAAAGAGCAAUCGAGUAAAGAAAGCGCUUUCACGCAAGAAAAUUUAGAACAAAUGGGUAUGGAGAUGGGCCAACAAGCUGCGCAACAAAUGCAACAAACGGGUAUGCAGAUGGGUCAACAAGCAGCUCAACAAAUGCAAGAGACAGGUUCGCAGAUGGGUCAGCAGGCUGCUCAACAAAUGCAGCAGAUGGCGAUGCAAGAAUUCAGUCAUGGGAUACAUAAAAUUGAGGAUAAAAUUGAUAGGCAGACCGAUAAAUUUAUCGAUGACAUGUCUCAACGAAUCCAAAGUUCUGUGUAAAUUCAUUUAGGGUCAUUUAUCGUAGUUUUUUUAAUGCAAUAAUAUAACGUUGUCAUACUUA